GAUGUAGUCAACUAAUUUUUAAGAAAGCCGAAAGUUGACAACAGAAGCGAACCAACAACACUGUAGCGGUGAGCGGCAAUCGACUCUAAGCAAGCGACGUUGCCGGAAUAGGUUCUCUUGUCUCUUCUUCGCCGGUACCGAGAAUUACACAGAGUUGAAAGACGAUUCCGUAUUACGGUGUUGAUUUGUAGAUGGUCAAAAGAUUGUGAAGGUCUUCGAAAACAACGAGGUCAGGUUAAAGUGAUCCGCACACGAGGUGGCGCCACAUCAGAGCCAAGACAAAGUCCAAAGAAGUCUUAUCGCUGGCAGACGAAGUUUAUAAGUGACGAGUCAGCACGAUAGUGACCGCGCUGUGCGACCGUAACGACUUUUCAAGAGAACGUCAAUGCGCGAUGAAGAGCGGCGGAAGAACAACCAAAGAAUAUUCAUCUUAAGAUUCGUCGAAUUUGGAUGAAAUGCGGGCAUUCAACGAUACACAAUUAAAUAAAAGAAGCUUCCGUGUUUCCGCUGGUGUGACUUUGCGAGAGUGCAGUGUCGUCAUUAUCGGAAGUACGUGCAAAAUAUGCGGUAGAAAUUUUAAAUGCGAAAGCGAUGUUUCUCUGCACUCACAAUGGCGACACGGAACUAUAGGAUCGCUAAUGAACGCUCUACAUCACGAGAUUUAUCUCGAAAGCAUCGGUCAGAAAUGCGAUAUAUGCGAUAUGCAAUUUUUAACUGUUUCGGACUUAAAGAUUCACAAGCGAUUGAUACACAAGCAUGGUACAAGAUCUAAGUACAGAAAGAGACCAGGAAAAGAAACAGUACGCGUGAAAUUCAAACUAAACGGAAUGACGACAAUGGAUGUGAAUCUGAAUCGGAAGUACUUAAAAAUGGAAAACUAUCUAAGAUAUUUUGUCGACGCCGGUACGCAAACUCCGGACUCGCUCGAAAUUGAGAAACAUCAAGAUAACUGCGGUGCGGAUAUUGAUUUGUUUCUCUCGGACCAUGUUGUGGAUAACAGUUAUAUGCAACAUAUACGGCCCCACAAAGCCGCAAAUCGAUACAUUGUAGGUAAAUUCACGUCUACUAAAGGCGACGCAAUAAUGCGUUCUACUGCUGUAGUGGGGAGAAGUCUUUUAGAGAUUUCAAAUACUUCGAAUAGAGACGUAAUCCCUGGUAACAACGGCUCAUGCAAAGAAUAUGAAAAUCGUUGCAAUUUUACUUCUCAGGGAAAUACAGCGAACACAUGGAUCAAAAGUUUUCUCAAUAAUGUAGACAUUUAUAACAAAGAAAACUCGCAAGGAAAGCUAAACGAGCCAGAGAGAAAAAAUGCAUAUUGUCAAGCCGAAUUUUUAUUGAACGAUAACAAAGUUUCUCUCGCCUAUCAGCGAGACAAGUUUGACAAAACAACAUCACUAAUGUCUAAACAACUCUCGGCCAACGAAAUCCGUUACGAUCCUAUCAAACAACCUUAUGAAACUGCCGGAGAUAAAAGAAGUACUGAAUUAACAAACUCUUUAGCAGAUUUUGAAGAAAUAAUUAUUGAUAAUGAAAAUAAUAAUAAAAUCGAUGAAACUGCGAUAAAGCAGUCGCGUGCUCCCUUAAUUCGAAAUUCUUUUAACAAAAAAAAUGAAUUGAUAAAAGAUAAUUCAAACGUUGAUGAUGAUGAUGUACAGGAAGUGCUACGAAUAACGAGAAGAAAUAUUCAAAGCGAUAUCAACCACGAAUCGCCUAAUCGUAUCGAAAGAGAGAUAUUGAUACAAAAUACUGAUAAUGAAACACUUAGGUUUUCCACACGACAAGAACCGACUAUUCGUCCAGAAAAAUGCAAUGCUAGAUUUACAGCAAAUUUUAAACCAUCGAGUUAUCCAGCGUUUACGACUGUGACCGAAAGUAGUUAUCAAUUUUUGGCAAACGCGUUCGAUAAAAAACUGGGUAUUUAUUUGGAAGAUAUGCAUCAUUACGGAAUCAGUUAUUACAACGAACAAGCGAAAAUUAACAACAACAUAGAAGAGUACGCGAUAUAUAGUCAUCAAGGAUUUUUCGAACCGCGGAUGCAAGCAGAAGAACCAUAAUAAACCAAUGGAUUGAAAGAUUGAAUGACAAUGAAGUAGCUGUACUAGAUUGAGCGUAUGUUAGCAAAAAUGUAUUGUUGUAUGUUGAAUGACACGAUGUAAAUCGUAAUCUUUUUAAGGCUAAAACAGCAAAUGUGCCAAUAUAUGUUUAUUCUUUAUUGUUUCUUUUUUUUAAUUUUGGAAAAAAAACCUUAGUUAUUAGUAUU